AUGUACAUAGACAUUCCUACUUGUUCGUCGUACUCGAAUUCUAGAACAGCUCUCAUAAAGUGGUGCUGCCCUGUGAAUACAGCUCGAUCAAUUUUUCAAUUAGCACGUUAUGAUAGGAAGAAUUUCGAUGAUCAUAUCAGGAAACAUUAUGGAAUACAAGUUAAUGAGAAGAAUCUCGAGAGGUUGAAGUUUUUUUUUCAGGACUUUAUCAUAAGGAUUCGCCUGCCCCAAGCACCUAGUGAAUAUAUUGACUAUAAAUGGGAAAAACGUAUGCUGUACCUAUUUAUGAAAUAUUUUGAACUAGAACAUUUGAUGUGGAGGAUGUCAACCCUUGGAGGUGCUUGCUCAGCGAUGGCUGACUACGAUCUCUCUUUUGCAAAACGAGCUAACGUGAUCUCUGAAAAGCAAUUACGAAUAGCAGCCGAACUGGAUGAUCAAACAUUGUUGGCACGGUGCCAUUUAUACAUAGCUUUGAGUGAAGCCCAACAAGCUAAUUUCGCUAAUGCUAAGAAGAUCGUGAGUGUAAUAUAUGCGUGGUCACGACGUACAAGGAACGAAUUUGUUGAGCACUGCUGUCGUGGUGUAGUGGCAAAAAUUAAAGCGAUCCAGCGGUUUGGUACCAAAGCUCUUCGAGGAGACUCUCGUCCAUUUCAAUCGAUACAGGAAUAA